ACCUGCUGAGUUGUUUACAUUUGUGUUGUGUGUUGUUUAUUUGGGUUGUUUAUACCCGUGCGGUGUGUUGUUUAUGUGUUGUGUUAUUGUGCAGGCGUGUGCUGGUCGGCGGGACCUUCAGUGAAAAGCCCGGUGUACGUGCAGGAGGGAGAGGCCGCCGAGCUCUCCUGCACCUACCUCACCAAAGGAGAUCCCAAAUUCACCCUGGAGUGGCGCUACGCCCCCCCAGGAGUCCCUGCCAUUCAGGCUAAAGACGUGCUGUACUACGACGGGCAGCUCUACAAGCAGCAGCUGUGGGACAGCAGGAUGUCCCUGCUCCAGUAUCCCCCGUCCAACGGCGUGGCCUCGCUCAGGAUCCAGAAGGUUCGGCUGUCAGACGCGGGCAUCUACAUCUGCGAUGUGAAAACGCCCAGCGACUGGACCAACAGUGGCCGGGGCCUCAUCAACCUCACUGUGCUCACGCCGCCCUCUUGGCCAGUGUGCCAGCUGACAGGUAAGACCUACGUGGGCAAUGACGUCACCCUGCAGUGCCAGAGUGCCACAGGGAACCCCCGACCCAUCUACGCCUGGAGCCGAACCAACCACCAGGUCCUACCGCAGAACGCCGUCACAGACCAGAUCAGCGGCUCCCUGGUUCUGCGUAACCUCUCCAUCGCCCUGGCUGGCACCUACAUCUGCACCGCCUCCAAUGAGUACGGCCGCACCGCCUGCAGCCUGACCAUCUCUGUGUCCUACGUGGGCACGGCCGGUGUGGUUGGUGGAGCCGUGAUGGGCGUGUUUCUCGUCCUCUUGCUACUGGGGGCUCUUGUGGCCUGCUUCCUGUGGAGGAGGAAGAGGCGGUCCUCCAACAAGCUGCAGAACGGGCAGAGGCAGGUGAACGGGGACCCUGCUGAGGUCUACCUGACAGGCACCUCAGAGUCCCCCCGCUCCAAACUCCCUCAGGACAGCAAGGACCCUCCCGGGCUGAAAGGGUCUCAGUUCAGUCCACUGGUGUAGGAGUCAAAUCACACACACCACAUCCACAGGCCUGGCUCAUCUAAAGAGGGUUUUACUUCUGUCUUCUGUUUGUGUAGCAGUUUGUAUUUCCACAACUGUUUUUAUCACUGAAACUGUCUCCUUACUGGUAUUGAUAAGUGAUACUUUAUUGCUGUUUUCAUUAUAUACUGUUUGUUAUAUUUUCAAAUU